AUGGAGAAAAAGGGAGCUCCAGGCGCUCUCCGAGCCAAAUGGGGGCCUUUACCAAGCAGAACUCGGACAGAUCCUUCCACAGAACCAGCAUCCCCGCACUUUUUUGAUAAAAAUCCUAUUCCAUCUGAGCCUUCUGUUGAAGCUCUGAGAAGUUUGAACAAAUUAACGGAAAACUCCAAAAAGAUUAUUUCAAAUUUAGAAUCGAACAAUACUAUACUAUCAGAAAGAAUCGAAAUGCUCACUGCAGAAGCGAAUGAAAACCAAGAUCGAAUAAACUCGUUAUACUCAAGAAUAUCGAGCUUAUCUUUAAAACAAGAUAAGGAUGAAGCAAACAAGUAUACAACUAUAAAAUACAUGGAAACAGAGUCAUUUAUAUCACAGAUUUCGCCAAACACUACUGAAGAAUUUUUAAGGAACAAACCAAUGAUUUUGGAGGCAUUACUACAUCCUGGAUAUGCAGAUAUGCUUGCUGAUCUUAUCAAAAAUCUCCCUCAAAGUUCGAAAUCCAGAUUUAUUUCUUAUACUGGGCACCAGUUACAGAGAUUUUCAUUGAUAUGGUCAUCAUUUUUAGUACUAUCCAUGAAUUUAAACAAGCCUGAUUUCAAAUCCAUAAUUAUGGAAGCCGUUCGAAAAAUUUUAGAAUCAGAUACAACAUUUUACUUCUUAAAAGAUAUUAGUACAGGAGUUUACGCAUGUGAUCUUCCUAACGAUAUCACAAUAUACGUCAAAGAUCCAAAAUCUUUAAUCCCUCAAACAACUACAACUCAAAUUUUCAACCACCCUUCAGAAUCUCCCAACUUCAACCGUCAAGUUGAUAGUGUCUUUAACCCCAAAGACAGAUCGUGCAUCAUAGUUCCCGCCAGAGACGCUGCUUCAGUUUUGGCGAUCAGAUCUGACGAUUCCUCUCUUCCUUUCAAGAACGAAGACAUCUCUGUAGGCGAUAUCUUCUCUCUUCUUAACUCUUCACUCAUUAUCAUUGACCAGAAAGCUCCAGGAAUCAUUACUCCCAACGAUUACAAAAAGAAAGUUGAUGAUUUUGAGAGGAAUUGUCUGAAAAUCGAUAGAAUGGAAAACCUUGUUCCUUUUAUCGACAACAAUUUUCCGAAAUUAAUCGGUGCCGACAUAAUUAAACUAUUUUUCAUCGACCACAACGAGCUCAUCUUCAAUGUUUUGACAGAAGAGAAGACAGCAUUGGAUAAGAAGCUUCCUUUCGCGGGAAUUACACAUCAUAUUGCCAAAACAAGAAGAAUCUUCAUUGAACAGAAAUUAGAAGAAUCACUUUGUCACAAAAAAGUUGAUUCAUGGUGUAUUGGAAAAUCAUUUUACGGAGCUCCAAUCAUGUCAUCAACAAAUGAAUGCAUUGCAGUUUUAUGUGCAGCAGCUCCUAGAGGAACAUUAUUCACUGAAGAACAAUUGGAAGCAGCCAUGGUCAUUGCUCCAACAAUGUCUUUAGUUGUUCAACGUGUUACUGAAACGAAAUCAAAAGAACACCUCGAGGCAGGUAUAAAAGAUUUUAGUUUAGUACCAGAAAAAAUGGCUGCAAUGUCAUUUAACCAUGACGAUAUAUUUAAUACUCUUUACAAAGCAAUGAAUGUUGAUUCAAUGACUGUUUAUAGAAAAGGUGAUGGAGAAAAUCCAAAGAAACUUUACGAAUUCGGAAGAAAAGCUUUUUCCGAGAAAUUCGUAAAAGAUCAGUUCGAAAGAGGUUCAAUAGUAAACACAACAUCUCCUAAUGAACUUCCUAACUUUGAACCGAUACAAGGAUUCAGCUACAGAUCAGUAUUUAUUUGUUUUGAAAGCCGUGGAUCAACGAGAUACGGCAUUUUCUGUGCAAAUCCUUUGAAUUUGUCGAAUAGAUUGCAUGAUAACUCUGAAAGCAUCGCAAGAGCUUUUUGUAAUUUCUCAUUUAACAUUACUGAUGAAGAACAGUUCAAGAAAGACGUGAAAAUACAAAAGCAAAGAUUACUAACUGUACAAGGUGUAACAGAAGUUGCCAAGAAACACAUGGAAACUAGUAAUCUCGCAGAGUUUUGUAGGGGUAUUGGUUCUUUCGCAGGUUUCGAACAAGCUUGUCUUUAUAUUUACGAUGCACAGGAAAAUUCGUAUUUCGCACACUCAACGAAGAAUGAUUUUAGGAAUAUAAGAAAGACACCAGACAUUGAUAAGCUUUUGAAAGAAAACAGAGAUGUUUUCGAAUUGAAAUACGAGAUGUACAAGAAAACUCAACUCGAAGCAGAUGUUUAUGGCAAAAAAGCUGUUAUAAUCAAUUUCUGUGAUGAUAUUUUCAUGUUGUUUAUUGGAAAGGAAAUAGGUGAUUCUAUUUAUACAUUUAAUGCUUUCUUGCCAAUAAUUAAAUCGCAUGCGAAUUAUUGUAGACUGUUCAACAAAAAUCUAAAAUCACAAAUCAAAAAGAACAUUUUCGUCAACCUUCCGAAGAUACAAGAUCCAUUGGAUUAUAAGAUCAAGAUUGGAAAUCUUAAUAAAGAUGAAAUGCUUGGUCUUUCAAUAUAUCUUCUGAAUUUGCAAGGAAAUGUAAAUGUUGAUAUCUGCAGGAGACUUGUAAAAUCGGCAAUGAAAAUGUCAAAAGGUCUUUGGAGUUCUUGUGUUGAAUGCAUGCAGUUUUCCGCAGCAAUUUUGGAAUUAUCUGAAUCACUUUUCACGAAGAAACAAAAGUCAGCAAUAUUGAUUGCUUCUUUGUUCUGGCUCUUGAAUGAUCCAAAUGAUAAUUCUGCUGCUUCUGUUUGUUUUGGAGAUCAUCCUGAUUAUUUAGUUCGACUUGAAAGAGCAAUGUUGGCAUCAUUGGAUUCAGGACUUCCAGAAAUAGAUGAAGAUUUCUGGCCAAUGCUUUCGAAAUGUUUCUGUUUCAAUGCUGAAGAAGAAUACAAAAAGAUUGAAGUCUUUGAUUCUUCAAACCACGAACAGUUGAAUCUUAUUGGUGCAAUGAUAACAAAAAUUAGUGAAUUUCGAAGAUAUUUCGCACUGGAAUCUAAAGAUGACGUAACUGCUGCAGUUUCUAGAACAGUUGGCGAAGAAAUUGUUUUACCACUCUUUGAUAAGCUUUUAGCACGAAUUCCAAAGCUUUCUUCAAUGAAAGAAUCUCUUAUGAAUACAAUUAAUUGUCUCUCUCAAUAA